GUAUUCUGCUUCAGUACUUUCAUAUUCAUGGUCGGAAGAGAGUGGUGAAGAGAACGCGAAGCGAAAGAGGCAGCCAUGUCUUUCAUGAAAGGGGAUUUGCUUACUCGAACCAGAAAGCUGGUAAAGGGCCUGGCCAAGGCUGAGCCCGUCUGGCUCAAAGCCAUGGAACAUGCACCACCUGCAACAUUUCCUCGUGCUGAUGGGAAAGUUAAAAGGAUCAGUCUACCCGAGGAUGUUUAUAUAAAAAAGUUCUUUCAGAAACAUCCGGACUCGAAACAUGAAGAUGCUAUCAAGUUGUGUGGUUACGAUCCACCUCCGGCUCGUUUAUUUGGUUUGCGGGUGCUUGACCUGAAGGAGCAGGGAGUUAGUGAGGAAGAAGCAAUGGCUGUAGCUGACAUGGAAUACCGGGUGGAGAAAAAAGCAAAGAAGAAGGCGUAUGCUCGCUUAAAGCAGAUUGCCCGAGUUCAAGGGAAGAAACCUCCUCCUAACCCGUAUCCUAGUGCUAUCAAAGAGAUUCAAGCAGAGGAGAGGAAGUAUGUUCAUGACCGUUUCUUCAACCCCAAGAUACUUGAAAUUGUGCAGAAGUUGAAAGAGGAUAGGGCAGCUGAGAUGCAGGACAGAUUCAGAGGUGGCUAUUGACGUUAAAGUGGCAGGAGAGCAGAGUGCCUUGUUUUCCUUCUAGAUGCUUGGUUUUUAUUUUUCCCCAGCAAUAAUUAUGGCCAAUCAACUAUUAGAGUGCUCAUAUAUUGGCCUUGGGGUUUUUGUCAAAUAUGAGAUGAGUUUAUCAGACCAAGUACUUUAAAAAUGAUUUUUUUAUUUUAUUUUAAGCAUAUGUUUUUUUAUUGGGUCACCAAAAACUAUAAAUUCUGUUAUUGAUUAAAGCCUAGAGAAAAUAUGUAUCAUACGUGACUUUGGUGGAUUUAGCAAUAUUUCUUUUAACGUCUAAUUAAAGGUUUUGAUUACCCAA